GUUGAUAUUUUGAAGUGUUCUGUAAGGAGAAAUGUGUUUAUAUAAUGUGUAAGGAAGGAGUCUCCAGUGUCAGUGCUGUGUAACAGUCAGAGGUGAAGCUGGAAGUUUUCCCACCUUCAUCACAGAGUUUUCACUUCUUUACUGUUUCUCUCUAACACACACACACUGUGAUUAAUUAUCUUAUUAAUGUGAGAGAAUAAAGAGAGAGAGAGCAAUAAUAAAGAGAUGGAAUAAAGAGAGAGAGAAUAGAGAGCGAGAAUAAAGAGAGAGAGGAUAAAGAGAGAGAGAAUAAAGAGAAAGAGAGAAUAGAGAGAGAAUAAAGAAAGAGAGAGGAUGGUGAGAGAGCGAGUGUUUAUAGCUGCUAUAACGUAAGUGAGAGUAAAAGUAAUUAUAAUAUUAUAAUGUGUGUGUAUGUGUGUGUGUGUGCGUGUGUGCGUGUAUGUGUGUGUGUGUGUGUACAGAUGGCGUGCUGUUCUCGUCUGCGCUCUCCUCAUCUGUCGUUCCUGCAGACACUGUUCUCUCUCUUCCUGUCGUUCAUCACCCUGCUUGCGUCUAAUUGGUGCUCGGGGGUCCAGAAAGUUCCAAAGCCGCUGUGUUCUCCUCUGCGCCGGCGCACCUGCACUCCGUCGGACCUGUUCACCAACGGCUCCACCCAGUUUAUCUGGGAAACCGGGGACGACCGCUUCAUCUUCCCCACCUUCCACGCCGGGAUCUGGAGCUGCUGUGAAGAAAACAUAGACAAGGAUGAAUGGGAAGAGAAGUGUCGCAGUUUCAUAACUCUGACGCCUCCAUCAGAGAAAGGGAUUUUCUGGCUGUGUGUACUGAUGGAGUUGAUGUAUAUCAGUUUGUUGUUUAUCAGUUGUGUGCUGCUGAUGAUUCAGUUGUGUCUCUCCGCAUGGAAGCCUUUGCUUCAUCACUGGGGAGAAUUACUGAACGCUUAUGCUGCUGUGUUCACCGUACUGGGAGGUCUAGUUGGAAUGGUAGGUCACAUGAUGUUCAUGCAGGUGUUCCAGGUGACAGCGUCGAGCGGGCCGGAGGAUUUUAAACCGCACCAUUACGGAUACUCCUGGGCCUUUUAUGUGGCCUGGGUGGCCUUCACCUGCUGUAUGAGCGCUGGAGUUUCCACUCUGAAUAAUUACACCAAGAAAGUGCUGAUGUUUGGGACAAAGCCGAAGCCUGACUCCUACCCCUUGAGGCCACUCUACUACCCCCCGUUUCCACCCCCUCCUCCUUCCUUUCCCCCUCCAUGCCCUCCUCCCCCCAUCUCCCCUCUCUCUCCAUACUUCUGCCCCCCGUCUCCUCCUCCCUUGUUCCCUCCUGCCCCUCCAUCUCCACAUAACCCCACUCAUCCCUCUCUCUCUCCCUCACCGUCUGUCUCUCUCCUCCGUUCACCUCUCUCUCCUUCUCCUCCUCUCUCUCCUACUCCUUCCAUUACUCUCUCCAUCUCUCCCUCCAUCCCUGCUCUCCCUUUCUCUCCUCAUCAGCCAUUAGAUGAAGAAUACAGCUCCCUUUAAUACUUGUUUAUUUUUUUUACCUGUAAUUAAAAACCCAUCAUAACUCACACACCAUGCAGACGCUGAAUACUAUUUAUUAUUUAAAUUCUUUUUGUAUUUGUCUUAUUAAUUCUAAUAAUUAUAAUCCUAUCUGUUUAACAUAAAACACACUGUGCAGAUGAUUGUAUGCAUUUCAGUGUCAUAUCACAGCAAACCAGUGACUACAUUUCCCAUACUGCACGGCGGCCUGCACACAUGGCCGCCAUGGACUGCAAUUCCCACAACACAUACACACACACACACACACACAGAGAGAACACUCAUUCUAAUCACACACACCUGCAUCCAAUCUCACACACACUCAAAACCCCCGGUAUAUAAGAGACUGUUCUAACUCUAUGACUUUGUGAAGUAUCGCGUGAGUUUUGUGUACGCCAAGUGUUUGUUAUCGGUUCAUGUGUUAUUGUUUUGAUCUCGUUCUUGCCCUCGCUCUUGAUUCUGAUUUUGCCUCAUUCAUGCCUGUUUGCCAAAUGCCUGACCCAUUGCCUGUUUUUUGACCAUGCUACUGUCUGAUAUUUUGGAUUUGUCUGCCUGCCUCUCUUUAAAUAAAAGUUUUUAUCUGCA